CUGUGUAGUACUUUGACCUGUUGGGCAACAAUCGCACGUUUUAAAUUCACUCGAUUCUAAUUCGAUAACUACUUUUUUCCCAUCACUACUACUCCCUACCCCCUGACCGCCCAGCUUGCUGUCCUCAUUCUUUUUCCGUGCGGGCAACAGUCAACAAGUUAAAAAUGUCUAAAAGAACCUACGAAGAAAGGAUUGACUAUUACAACAAUAAAAUUAAAAAGUACAUGGAUAAAGAUCGACGGAAACGACGACGUUUGCGGUUGAGUUCAUCUUCGGAUGAUUUCCCAGAAAAUGACUACAGGAGCGAGAACCUGGUACUCGACCGAGACCAGGAGGCUAUCAUCGAGACCAUGGACCCUCCUCCAGAUCUCCGAGAUGAUUUAAGGGCUGGCUCCGCGGAGCCGCCCUCAGAAGACGCAGUGGACUUGAUCAUCGAGCCAACAGCGUCGGCCACGGAGCCUCCACCGGCCACAGACCCAGCGGUCGCCGACCAGCCCACGGGUGCCGAACCGACCACUUCAACGACGGACGUAGACCCCGAUAUUUUACAAGCUCUCGGGGAAGCUACGGACGUGGGACCUACGUUUGGCGAGGAAAUACACCAAACUUUAUGCCAAUUAUGGCAGCCCUUACUUAAAAAACCGGCCAACAACUGCACACUGCUGCAAGCGCCGAAACUUAACAUUGAAGUCUCCGCGACAGCCAACGAGAUGGUCAAGUCACGUGAUAAAAAAGUGGAGUCUGCCCAGCAACAACUUGGCGCGGGCAUCACGGCCAUCAGCAGAGCACUGACGACGCUGAUGACGACUAAUAAUAAAGUGGAGGCCCCACUCAGGACCCAGACCUUCCCAGUUCCAGGGAAAUUGGACGGGCCCUCCUCGGUACCCAUACCCACCGAGCCGGGGGGGGCGCGGGGGACAGCGGAGGCCGCCACCCAGUGCGCGCCGCCCGGCGCCGGCGCCCGCGACCAGCAGGCCGCCGCCGCCGCAGGGCAGGUCGCGUGUCCCAACUCGUCCCUGAUGCAGACGGCGCCACCCACUGCACCAGACACUUACCCUGGGGGCGGCGCUGCUCUCCGGCUCGCGUUCUCUCGCCGCGGAUGCCCACCGGAGGCCAUCGACCUAAUGAUAGCUUCUUUGUCAAAAAGCACAUUAAAACAAUAUAGCGUUUGUUUUAAUCAAUGGUGGCAAUACUGUUACACAAAUAAUCAUGAAAAAUUUGAUUCUUCGACAUCAAUUAUAAUUAAAUUUCUCACUGAUCAAUAUAACAACGGUGCAUCCUAUGGCACUAUCAACUCUUUUCGGUCAGCAUUGUCUCUGUUACUAGGAAAUGAUAUUUCCCAAGAUAAAUCUAUAAAAAGACUGAUUAAAGGUGUAUUUAGGUCUAGACCUUCCUUACCAAAAUAUGCGAACACUUGGGAUCCGCAAAUUGUCUUGAGUCACAUAUCCAAGUGGACUCCACAUACAGAACUUUCGUUAGAGAAGUUAACUAAGAAAUUAGUAAGCUUAUUAGCUCUUUGUACGGCUCACAGGGUACAAACAUUUUCGUUGAUUAAGUUGAGUAACAUUAUAAUCAGUGAUAGCGGUGUUAAAAUUAAUAUUGUUGAUUUAAUUAAAACAUCAGGACCAGGACGCGACCAACCAGUGCUGUACCUUCCAUAUUUUAAUGAUAAUCUCGAUAUCUGUCCAGCGACGACACUUGUUGAUUACAUAUCCUUCACAAAGGAACUGAGAUCAACAAGUUCAGACCACCUCUUAAUAACUGUGAAGCGCCCUCAUAGGAACGCCACAGCACAGUCAAUAAGCAGGUGGAUCAAGCAAGUGUUGCAGGAGAGCGGGGUGGACGCGGCGGUGUUCAGUGCGCACAGCGCGCGCCACGCCGCCACGUCCGCCGCGCACUCCGCUGGCCUCUCUCUCGAUCUCAUCAGGAAAACAGCUGGCUGGACUGCGUCCUCGUCCACCUUUGCAAAAUAUUAUAAACGACCACUGCUUCAACAAAGCAACUUUGCCAAAGCUGUUUGUAUUCCCAAUAAUAGUUCCAGUUAAUCACGAUUGAUAUCUGUUUCAAUUUGUACUAAUAUAAUAUAAUAUAAAUAUAUUAUGUACCUAGUAACUAAAACUAAAAUUUUAGUAAUUAAGAACUUACUAUUACCUACCUCAGGGUGUAUUGUAAAUAUUUGAUUUAUGUACCUAUGUGCCUACCUCCGAUGAUAAUUAUGUGAUUUAUAAAAAUAAAUACAUUGUGA